AUGCGGUUUUCUCGACAUUUAGGUCGAGCUAGGAAGGCACCACCACCACCACCGCCCGUCUGCAGAGCUGGAACAGCUUUAGUUAAUUCUCUGCCUAAAGUUGCAGCCUUUGGAGAUGGAAAUGGUAGAGUUGGAAUGAAGGCGACGAUUUCGGACAGACGAAAGGAAGGAAAAGUACGGAACUCCGAAAUGAAGCCCCGCUCGCCUUCCCUUCGGACGCGGAGUCCGAAGCGAACUAAUUGGUACAGUUGGCAGAAAAACCGUGUCUGGCUGCAGGAAGCCGAGGCAGCCUCCAAAUUGUCUUCAGUCGUGAGGGCGGCCGGUCUGGCCAGGUCAGCCGUCGUCGUUGGCCCAUUAACGUGA